AUGGCUACAGAGGCGACUCGCGAGGCGUUCGUGGAGCUGCAAGGGCGACUCGUGGAGACGGACAGCAAGCUGAAGCAGGUGCUAGGGCAGGAGAAGGCGUGCGAGGUGGACGUUUUCACGGCCAGAACGACCCUGGACGAGCUUCAAGAGCUGGCCACGGAAACAAAUGUGUAUCAGAGCAUUGUCCCGUGCCUCUACCCUCGCCGCAAUGUUGGCAUCGCCUCUGCGCACUGCAUGCAGGCCCCGGCCUUGCACCCGCAUUUAGCAUGCCAUUUGGACAGACACUUGGACAUUGCAUCGCUUUCGUCCAGUCAGCAGCAUAUCCGCAUGCUCCCACUGGCUCAACCCACAACCAGGUUUGUUCUGCAACCACUGGAAGAGGCGAGGGCAACAGAGGAGGGGAAGAUCAAGGAGGCCGAGGCCACCAUUGCAUCGCUGCAGGGGUCAAAGAAGUAUCUGGAGAAGCAGAUGAGGGAGGUGCAGAGCAACUUCAAGGAGCUCAUGGAGCAAUUGCCAGCCUCCAUUCCUGGCCUAUCACAAGCCAUCAAUGGCUGA